AUGAUUACAAAAGUAGUCAUGAUUCUAUUUCAGACCUAUCUAUUUUAUCUAAUAACUAUUCCUCCAGAAUCAAUUAAGUCAAAACCUUCACAGAUCUACAAAGUUGAAGGAAUUAGUGGAUUGUUAUUGAUCCAUCUUGGGCGACAUAUUGCACGACUUGCAAAUAUUUGUUUAUCCUUAUUUUACAUUUUUUUAAUGUAUCAACAAGAAAUCGGUAAUUUACCAAUUCUAACUUCGUUUUCUUCAAGAGAAACUUCUUAUUUAAAUUUCUUUUAUGAAGAGUUGUUCAAGCCGCAUAAAUUAUCUGAAUGGAACUUAAAAUAUAUAAUACUUUGUUUUAUGUUGAUACUGGGAGUUAUGUUAAGAUUAUGGUGCUUCAAGGUUAUGAAAGAAUUUUUUACUUUUAAUAUUGAGAUAAAGAAAGAUCAUAAAUUGGUUACUACUGGACCUUAUCGAUUGCUAAUUCAUCCGUCGGUAAAAAUUUAUGUUUAA